UGGACCUGCUGCUGCAACCAUGUGUCUCUCUCUCUGGCUGUGACACAGUAACAAGGAAAUUGGUGGGAUCUUUCUUUAUCUCCACAAGGGAAAGGUGACCCGCACAAAGGCUGGCAGCGAUGGAGGAGGACAUGGGCAGCAUGCAGGAGAAGGCUGCUGAGCUGGAGCACAUGGCUGAGGUCUUGCUCACUGGGGAGCAGUUACGGCUCAGACUGCAUGAAGAAAAGGUAAUUAAAGAUCGAAGGCAUCAUCUCAAGACAUAUCCAAACUGUUUUGUUGCCAAAGAAUUGAUUGACUGGCUGAUUGAUCGCAAGGAGGCCUCAGACAGAGAGACAGCAAUUAAACUUGUGCAGAAAUUAUUGGAUCGCAGCAUUAUCCAUCAUGUUUGUGAUGAGCAUAAGGAAUUCAAGGAUGUCAAACUUUUCUACCGCUUUAGGAAAGAUGAUGGAACAUUGCCACUGGAUAACGAGGUGAAGGUGUUCAUGAGAGGACAGAGGCUAUAUGAAAAGCUGAUGAAUUCUGAGAACACACUUUUACAAGCCAGGGAAGAGGAGGGAGUCAAGUAUGAACGGACUGUCAUGGCAUCUGAGUUGAUUGAGUGGCUGAUCCAGGAAAGAGAAGUCACAACAAGGACUGAGGCAGAACAACUUGGCCGUAGACUGUUGGAGCAUGGAAUUAUACAGCACGUGUCCAACAAGCACCAUUUUAUGGAUAGCAACCUGCUGUACCAGUUCAGAAUGAAUUUCCGCCGGCGACGGAGGCUGAUGGAGUUGCUCCCUGAGAAAUCCCGUUUGAUGCCAGAAAGUCACGACAGUCCCUUUUGCCUGCGCAAGCAGAACCAUGACAACAGAAAGCACACCAGUUUUCAGUCAGUGAGUCCCACCAAAGAGAUAAAGAUCGUAUCAGCAGUCAGAAGGAGUAGCAUGAGCAGUUGCGGCAGUAGCGGUUACUUCAGCAGCAGCCCUACCCUCAGCAGCAGCCCCCCAGUAUUAUGCAACCCCAAAUCUGUAUUAAAGAGACCAGUGACUUCUGAUGAACUCUUGAUGCCUGGAGCCCCAUAUGCAAGAAAAACAUUCACAGUUGUCGGUGAUGCUGUCGGGUGGGGCUUUGUUGUGCGGGGGAGCAAGCCAUGCCAUAUUCAGGCUGUGGAUCCCAGUGGCCCUGCAGCUGCGGCAGGGAUGAAGGUCUGUCAGUUUGUGGUUUCUGUGAAUGGACUCAAUGUUCUCCAUGUGGACUACAGGACCGUGAGCAAUCUCAUUCUGACUGGCCCUCGAACUAUUGUCAUGGAAGUGAUGGAGGAAUUAGACUCCUGAGAAGGAAAUUUCCUCACUGGAAGCUGUGAAUAGAAAUAGAAGAACCAAUGCAAAGCCAAACAACACAAGGGGGCAAAACCUUGCCUUGUCUAACUAGAUUAUUCUGCCUUUCAGGUGCUUUCCCCUUCAGUUUAACAAUAGUAGCUGUGAUUCAUAUGCUAAGAAGUGAACAGUAUAUAUCAGCAUGUUAUCAUUUAGGACCCGAUCCUGCAAACUGUUCUGCUGAAGACAAGGACCAGGUCUUUAGUUGUCAAUCCAGCUGUAUCUGUUGGGAUGGUAUCCUACUUAAAAGGCUGCACGUAACUUCCCUUGCCGUUCAACCAUGUGAUCACAAUACUUGAAAAGAGGAAUGUUUGGUAAGGACUUUCCAUAUGGUUGGCAUGGCAUAUGAAUGUUAGCGUACUCCCCCCCAUGUAAUCUAGACAUGUCCAAAGUGCGUCCCCAGGAGAGUAGCUGCCUGCUACUGCUCCCUCUCUAUAAUCAUAGAGCAAAGAGAAAGGUGAUCAACUUCAGACGUUUAUUGUCAGUGAAUUCAAACAAGUAGCAGACAACAUUAGAAUUCGUAGAUAUGAAAAAACGUCUGCGCCUUUCUGUGGAAUGCACUGAAUUACCAGAGAUGGGUAGUCCUAUAAAAACCUGCAGCAAUUGUUCUAUGAAGGAAAAUACAAGAGCACACAAAUGUUAUGGAUGUGUGCAUUAAUUUUUCAUUUUGAAAACCUUUGAAAACCAGACCUCUUAUCUAGGUGUCUAAGUACAGAUUUAGUAGCCCAAGUUUGAAAAUGUUGGUCCAUAUACCUUCUGUCUAAACUGCAUGUGGGUCUUAGUCUCCUGGUAACUUGUCGAUGUGGUUCUUUUCACAAAGUUUGGAUAUCCCUGAUAUCAGAAGAAUGAUAAUAUUUUAGAGAGCUGAAGUCAGAGAAUCACAAUGUUAGCAUUAGCAUUGAAAUAUUUAGUAGCUCUGAUAUGGUACAGUACACUUCAAAUUGAAGCAAUGCACUUGAAUGUGUCUUUGAUUAUCAGCAUUUUCAAACCAUUAAAUGCUUGAAAACUA